AUAUAUCUAAGGCUUUCUUGAUCGGUUGCUUUCGGGUUCGGAAACUCCCCUAGUUCUUGCAGUUGUUUGGAAAUGGUGCUCGUCAGGUUCGAGUGAGGCGUCGCGAAAAGCUUGAAGAAGGAUCUUAAAGUCUAAUUCGGGGCAAGAGGAUCUCUCACCAACUUCUUUUCGCAAAGACUUGUGAUAAUGAUAUCCGGAACAACCACGCCCGGAGGGCACAAGAUAAUAUACUGUUCAAUGGUGCCUCCGGGAUGCCCUCACGAAUGGUGGGCGUCGGAGAUGACGUGUUUCUGGGACAACUGGAGCAUUCAACUUUUGGUACUACUCAGCUUGAUUUUCCAGAUGGUGCUUACUGUGUUAGGAAGCCGCAGGAAGACCUCAAGUGGCCAGACAAUCACAUUUGUUGUUUGGGCAUCUUAUUUGCUCACCUCUUAUUUAGCGACGCUAGCGCUCAGCAAGCUCACGACAGUCAGACUCAACAAGUCCGAGGAAGAGUGUGAUACCGAACUAAAAGCAUUGUUGGCGCCUUUGAUUCUACUGCUGUUGGGGACUCCAGAUAGCAUUACCGCAUAUUCAGUGGAAGACAACCGGCUCGGCGUGAGGCGUGUAUUGAACCUCAUCAUCACGUUUUCUUUCGUGGUGUGGAUCCUCUGGCGAAAUUGGAAGACCUCCAUCCCGAUGAUACUGUACUUUCCGCUGUUUGUUGCUGGGAUAAUUAAGUACGGAGAAACAAUUUGGGCACUCUCCUCUGUGUACGACGAGAACACGAACAUAAGAAAAGAGGAUUUCGAUGAAGAAAAGGAGAUGUUCUCUGCAUUGAUGGAUUCCGAUGAUGAAAAGGAGAUGUUCUCUGCAUUGAAGAACUUCCUUAAAGAUGUUCCCGAUCUAAAUAUUUUCUUGAAGGCUUACUAUCGGUUUGAUUGCUUAAAGCCUCACCUUGUGGACUGGCUGAAGCACCCUUUCUUCAUGGAGCAUCGUAAUAAGUUGAUCAACGGAUACAGUCCUGAAGAAGUAUUCUUGACAACCGAUAUGGAACUCGGGUUCAUGUAUGACGUCCUCUACACUAAAGCACCAGUUCUUUAUACCAAGACCGGGAUCACGCUCCGCGUCAUCGGUUAUUUUAGUUUGCUGGUGACCUCAGGCGGAUUCCUGGGGCUUUUCUUUGAUGAACACUGGAGAGGUCCGUACGUUAUUUACACGUUUGGCCUGCUGAUUGGAGUCGUGCUUCUGGAAACUUACCAGUUGCUGAUGCUAUUCGAGUCGGAUUGGAUGAUUAUAAUGAACAUUAAGCACCAUAUGGUCUCGAAGUUUCUGAAAUUUCUUGUCAAACGAUCUCUGAAGAAGAAAAGGUGGUCUCACACAAUUCGCCAAGUUAAUUUUCUGGAUUUCUUCCAACACGAAAAACGGCCCUGGCUCUUCAAAAUCCUCAAAUUCUGUGGCAAGGCCGAGAAGUUCAUGAGAUAUUGGGCAACACAAUCUAAACCAAUUCCCAAGUAUUUGAAAGAAUUAUUGCUGAAAGACAUGGAAAAGUUUGAAGCGAAGAGAGACAGUCAACCCUUCACGGAAAGAGGCCAAUGGACGCUCGAGUCUCUGGAAAAGCUCCAAUGGAGUAUCGAGAUGGCAUUUGACAGAAGCAUCAUCAUAUGGCACAUUGCGACCCAUAUCUGCAACGAAUCAUGCCACGAAAAUUCAGACCGUAGCAAGGCAAGCAAACUGAUAUCAGAUUACAUGAUGUUCCUUCUGGCACAACAUCCAAACAUACUCUCCUUGACCACAGCCAAGAUCACCCACAAUGACGCCUACUCUAAGUUCAAGACGUUCUUGAAGCAAGUCCCAGAAGAGCAGCGCGACAGAGAGAGCAUCCUGGAAAUUCUAUUGGAAACAGGGUACAAGCAAGAAAGUCCCUUAGAGGGGAGCCUUGAACCAGUAAUCACCAGAGGGUGGAAUGUUGUUGAGGAAGCGGGAAGACUCGCGAGAGAGCUGAAAGAUACUGAGGACACAUGGGAGAUCAUCAGCAGCGUUUGGGUUGAGAUUCUAUGUUUCGCAGCGUACAAUUGCCAGCAAUACCAACACAUGGAGCUGGUGAGGCGGGGCGGAGAAAUCAUCACUCACGUGUGGCUCCUCCUUUCUCACAAGACAGACAAGUUCAACACCGUUAAGAUUUGGAACAUAAAAAUCGAAUAGAGAUGGUGGAAUGUUGCUAUUGCAUAUGAAACUACUUGUUUAAAGUUCUUAUUUUCUUCUGAAAUUAUGCAUUACAUCAUACUAGAUAUGGUGUAGUCAAUCAUUGCCUUUCUUUCUUUUUCGUUUUUCCCUUUCAUCCAUUCCCUCUUCUGCGCAAAUGCAGAUCGAUUUCAUGU